UUUAAAUCAUUCAAAUUUUGUGAUUGUUAGUUUUCCCCACACACAUGCUACAGUGCUGGGCAGAUAUUAAACCCAAGUCUCAGGUGUCAGUUUUGGGGUAUUUGAAAAUUUUAAUGCAACAAUGGCAGCCAUACAGCUCAACUUCUUAUUAGUUUCAUUCUUUACAAUCGCGGGAGAAGCACAAUACAUAAUGCAAGAUGCUGGAUUGAUGCAUUACAUCGACCGUCGAAUUCUCUCGAUAGAGAACAGGUUAAACAAGUGCGAUCAAGAUAUCAUGGAGUAUGUACAAGAAUUCAGAGAGUUUUCAAAGAGGAUGAUGUCACGCCUGGAAGGACUCAACGUUUUGAAGACAGAUCUUAAGAAUGAUGUAGACUAUUUGCUAACCAGAGUGGAAAGAGCUCAAAGGGAUAUUGACUAUUUUGAAUCUGUGCAAGAGUCACCUGACGCAUGUGUGGAAAUAGAUGAGGACCUUGUGGAUCAGCAAUUAAUUGAACAAGAGGAGUCGAAAAAGAAAGUCAAGCUCAUGCUUAAUGCAAGUUGCAACUACAUGAUUGCAGGCAUCAAAUCCCUAAAGAUAGUAAAGAAGGCUGGAGACAUACAUGGGUCAUGGCUGAAAGACCCUGGCAAGAAUUACCCAAAGAUUUAUUUCUUAACUGGGGUCAAGAACAAAACCAUAAUGGAGUUUGCAAAUAUCCGGGCUUUUACUCAAAAUGGUGAGAAACAGUCAGCUCGGAGAGUUACUCUGCCAUUUCCCUGGCAAGGAACAGGCCAUGCUAUAUAUAACGGUUUUCUCUUUUAUCAUAAAUUUGGCUCCUUAAAUGAGAUAAUCAAGUUUGAUAUUCAGAAAAGAAAUGUAACUGGCCAGAUGUUUUUGUCAGGUGCAGGAGAGACAUUUGCCUAUGAUCUUCAUCCUUAUACUAAAAUAGACCUAGCUGUGGAUGAGCUGGGGUUAUGGGCAAUCCAUGCAGAGCCAGGUACUGAUGGAAAGCUGGUCAUUACUAAAAUCAGCCAUGAAACCAUGGCUGUGGAAUAUACUUGGGAUACGUCGUGCAAAAGCCAGAAUGCUGAAGCAGCAUUCAUGAUGUGUGGUGCCCUGUAUGUAGUGUACAAUUCACCAGGGGGAGGCACAUCUCGCAUACAGUGUAUUUAUGACACCUUAGAUACCAUCAAUCCUUAUGAAAUCCCAACAUUUCAUUUCCUUAAACGCCAGACGAGUCAUUCCAUGGUGCAUUAUUACCCCAGAGAACAACAACUCUUUGCCUGGGAUAAUGGAUCCCAGGUCAUUUACAAGCUCCAGACAAAGCAAAAAAGUUAAACAAAAAUCCUCCACCUCACCCCCAUGUCCCACCCCACCUGCCAAUGUAAAUAUUACAAUGAUUUUACAGAUACUAGACUGAGAUAUAAAAAGUGGUUGUUUUUUCUACUUGCCCACAGUUUAGACUUAAUUUUACACUUCAUUAUGGUUUAAAAAAAAAAAAGAUUUUCUUUUCACCCCUGUGCAAAGUUUUGUGAAUGCUGCAGUGCUCAAAAGAGGCCUUCUUCCUCCUUGCAAACAGCCAGCUCUCUGAUGCUGCAACCUGAAUUACUCUGGUACAGGUGGCAGAUUGGGAAGAAUGCCACAAAUGAGCAGGCUUUUGUUGCUGUUGUUAGGGACAGGGGUAGGGGAAUGUGUCUAGCACAGAGGAAGUGGGAGAAAAAGAGGACAUACCAUUGGCUGGUGGAAGAGGACGAACAUGUGUGUCUGUCUUGGGAACAAGGAGGAAUAGCACCAUGUUGUUUUUUCUUCAGGCGCACAAUGCCGACUAUUGGCUUUCUAACACCCUUCCCUCCCCACGCUAUUUGUCUUUCCUUUCUGGCUUUUUCCUCCCAUCUCUUUCUCCAUCCAGAGUUUCUCUUUCCCUGGAUCCUCUCUUCUAAGCUUUCUUGUCCCUCUCACCUUGCUUUCCUUCCCCACUGCUACUUGUUGUCUUUCCCAGCCCUUAAACGAUUUCUCACUCUCCUUUCCUUGGGGGGAAGGACCAUAGCUCAGUGGUAGAGCACAUGCCAUUCGUGUCAACAGUCCCAGGUCCAGUCCCUCAUAUCUCCAGAUACUGCUGGGAAAGACUCCCUGCCUGAAACCCUGAAGAGCCAUCACCAGUCAUGGUUAUAGACUAGACAAUCAGUAUAAAGCUGCUUCCUGUAUUUUCCACUCUCUGGCCGUCUCCCUUCCUUUCCCAGCUCCCUCUCUUUCUCCCUGCCAGAAAAGCGGCUUGGUGUUUUGACCAGCUCAUGCUGGGGGCAGGGGGCUGCUGGUCCACUCCUCAUUGAAUUUCUUCUCCAAGCCAGAAGCUGGGUGUGGAAGAGACAGAGAGAGUGAGAGUGUGUGUGUGAGAGGGAGACAGAGAUAGAUGCUCAGUUCUGGCUACUUAAGAACAUAAGAACAUAAGAAGAGCCUGCUGGAUCAGGCCAGUGGCCCAUCUAGUCCAGCAUCCUGUUCUCACAGUGGCCAACCAGGUGCCUGGGGGAAGCUCACAAGCAGGACCCGAGUGCAAGAACACUCUCCCCUCCUGAGGCUUCCGGCAACUGGUUUUCAGAAGCAUGCUGCCUCUGACUAGGGUGGCAGAGCACAGCCAUCAUGGCUAGUAGCCAUUGAUAGCCCUGUCCUCCAUGAAUUUGUCUAAUCUUCUUUUAAAGCCGUCCAAGCUGGUGGCCAUUACUGCAUCUUGUGGGAGCAAAUUCCAUAGUUUAACUAUGCG